AUGCAUCAUCUACCACAUCGCUCUCCAUCUAUGACAGACGGACCGCCAGCAAAGAAACGCCGCAUCGAACAGAAUGCAUGCGGUCCGGCUCCAGUGGUUAUAGAAAACUUUGGUUUUGAGAAUAUAGACCCUUUCCAUUCGCCAGCCACCGCAUCCAGUUGGCCUUUCGACGAAUUUGCGCACGAUCCGGACUACCUUGCCUCUCAAGAAGCUCUGCGUUCCUUGCUGUUUACUACUGCACGGUCGGUCGCUCCUACUCGCGCAGCGACUCCUGAGGAUGCCGAUGAAUCAAAUGGAGCAUUCGACAUCAAACAGGUGUUGCCUCAAGGCAGGCGAGUGCAGUACUUGAAGAACUAUUUGUCGCAAGUCGCGCCCUGGCUCGACAUGUUUGACUGUAAGCGUACCUUCGGCCUCCAGCUUCCUACUCUAGCCAAGGACUCACCCCCUUUAUUCUAUGCCAUUCUGGCCAUAGGGGCACGUCAGCUUGAGCGUAAAGUAAAAAUGCAAUCAUCCUUCGACAGUCUGGAACUCUAUCAGGAGGCAAUACGACUGUUGACCCCUCUCCUAUCGGCUCGAGAUACGCACGUUAUAGCGGCUUGUGUGAUUUUAUGCUGUCUCGAGAUGUUUUCAGCUAGUGCGCAGGAUUGGCGGCACCAUCUUGAAGGCUGCGCCGCUAUCUUUGAUGCCUUCAGUGUAAAUGGGUUUAGCGACGAUGUAUUGCAACCUGUCUUUUGGUGUUACGCACGAAUGGACGUUUGUGGAGCUCUGAUCUCUGAUGGUACGCAAAGCACAUUGUUGAAGCCCGCUCAAUGGCUCCCAUCCGAUGUUGCUGAAGACGACGCUGAGAGCUUGUUUCGGAGCCAUUCGUCACCAGACAUGUACGCCAAUUAUGCAGUCUAUCUCUGCGCAAAGACCUGCGAACUCAUUUCAGACCGUAACAAGUACGUGGAAUUGGGCACCGACAAUGGGUGUGAUGAGAAACAAUUCCACCAUCGCUGGAAUCAGCUAUGGGGCCAACUUUCCGAAUGGGCCUUAGGUCGGCCUAAAGAAUUGUUGCCUGUCGACACGUAUAAUGCAGCACCAUUCCCAAAGAUUCUCUUCGCACAUUGGGCUGCGAUCUCCUCAAAUCAACUAUACCAUACAUCAUCGGUUCUCCUCCUCACCGCCAGAUCCAAACCCGCCCUUGCCAAAUCUCCUGAAGCUUCCCUAAUGUGGCACGUGAAGCGCAUCUGUGGUAUCUCGGUAACGAACCCACAUGAAGGUUGUUUGAACAACGCCAUCCAACCUCUCUGGAUUGCAGGGCGUCAUUUGAGCCAUUCCUCGGAGCAAGUCUUGGUUGUGAAGACCAUACGCCGUAUUGAAGCUUUGACUGGUUGGACGGCUACGUGGCGUAUUCGCGAUCUCGAGCGAACCUGGGGCUAUAAAGUGCCUGUUGAGGGCUGA